CAGCACCUUAUUGCCUAAAAAAGUAUUCAAUAUUAAGCUAGACUGCAUGAAUACGUACAAGGGAAACAUAAACAGUGAGCUAUAGAACAGCAAUCUCGGUUUGCAUUUGGAAAAAUAAUUUUACUUUUGGGGUUUUAACGCGUGCAAUCAUAAAAAAGCUCUCCUUCCACUAUGCUUACCACGCUAACACUCGGGGCCCUUGUCCUUUGUGGGAUCACAUUGCAAGUGUCUGAGGCGGAUCCCAUUUCUACAUUGUGCAUCCUGCAAUGUGACUUUGCCUUUAGUUCGAAAACACAAGCUUCAAGCUGUGAUUGCCGCGCUCUUAAAGCGUUGAUGAUGUCACGCACCCACAGUGAACACACGACUCACCCCCACACUGACCAUACGGAACACCCCCACCACUUAAACCACCAUUUCACCACCCAGGAGCCCACCACCACAUCUACGAUAACCCCGGCUCCCAAAACCACCCAGGAACUGUGUGAUAUACUGUGUGCCAUGCAGCAGGGCGGUGACGCUUGCCAUUGCCUAAAACCCGGACUCCCUGGCCGGAAGUGACGUAGCUUUUCAUGUUAUUUUAUUUUUGGUGAUUAUUAAAGAUUUACCCAAUAUG